CGGGCCUGCGGGACACCCAGCACAGCUCUGCCCGCUGAAAUGUGCUCAUCCUUACGACUUGCUUUUGUGACGACGGAGAUGCUGUGACGGCCGGGCAAAGCAUCAUGGGCCAGUGCGGUGACAGACGCCAUGAUUUUACUGUAACAUUAGCUGGACAGAAAAUGGACGGUUCCUGAAAGUUGACUGGAUAUUUGUAGCUUCCCAUGCGUUUUCUUGUGUUUUCUCAAUCGUCCGACUCAGUUAUUCUCACGCAGCAUUUGCGCAUCUGUGUCGGUGUCGUUUAAAUAUUGGCUAAUUCAUACAAAAAAGUAAACAAAAAAGCUAUCGACUCGCCGCUGAAGGGGAGCUGUUGGCUAGAGGCUAGCUAGCUAGCUAGUUAGCUUUCAAGUAACCCCGUUAGGUGCCUAGCUUUGUGAAGCUAGCAGGCUAAUAAUAGCCGGUGGGACAUAAAAACAGUUACAUAGUUUAUUAUCCAACACAAGGGCAGGCGAAUUCACCGGACCAAGGGCUACACCGUUAGGUAUGGCCCGAUUGUGAUUUGGAAGGAGCUGGUGAUGGCAGAAGGGAUUGACAGUGGCGAAAUGCCCUCCUUUGACCCGUUUUCAAGUUCUGAAGCAAAGAAGAGACCUAAUUCAUCUGAUGGCAGGGAAGAGCCCAUGAGGAAAAUGCCAGUGUCGAAAUUUGGUUCCAGACCACGGUUUGAGCCCGUGCACUUUGUCAGUGGUGGUAGCAGCGGAGGGUCUGGCACCGAUGAGAAGGAGAAUGAUAAGGAGCGCAGGAGGAGCGAGUCGUACGGUGUGAGGCAGUGGGACUCUGAGCUUCCGUCCUAUGGCAGCAGCAGUAGAGCUCAGGGUUCCUCCUCGGCAAGACCUGCUUUUGACAGAGUGCCAUCAUACAGCUCUGACUCUUGGGGUUCACACAGGGAUAGGGACAGGGACAGGGAUAGGGACAGAGACAGAGAGAUAUCCUCAGGUGGUACAAGUGGCUUAGGUUAUGGAGGUCGCGGUUCCACAGCAAACUAUAUGUCUAAAACACAGCAGGACUAUACAGCCAAAUAUGAAGCCCACAGCUCUCGCAGUUCAGAUUCUUAUUCUCAGCCUAACAGGUUUGAUGGAUAUGGAGGAGGGAACAGAUCUGGCGGGAGGGAUUCAGGACGUCAGGGCUUAGGCUACGGGCAUCAGGACCGGCCUUCGUCCAGCAGGCCAUUCAGCAGAGUUUACAACAGCCCAGGAAGGAGCAGUCCCACCUCUCAAUCAGGGUCGUCAUCUUUGUCCCAGCCCCUUCCCAUAUCUCAGUCAGUGCUGGAGGAGAAGCAACGGCUGAUUGCCAACGUGGCAUCCGCAUUAGCCAGUUCUUUUAGAGACCCCAUGUUCAUGACUGGAAGCGACUCGCCCAACUACAAUUUCAUGCUGAGCCGCAGCAUCCAGGCCUGCAAGACCAAUCCAGAGUAUAUUUAUGUCAACCUGAAAGAUAUUCCUAAAGCUGACCUACCGAAAAACAGAAAAGUACCGACGGAAGGCUAUGCCUGUGAACUGAGGUGCCAGUGUGUGUAUCUUGCCACUGGAUAUUCUGGGAGCAAAAACGGGGCUAGGGACCGUGCCUCUGAACAGGCCGUUAAGCUCUUCCUUAAACCAGUCGAGGUCCGCGUUGUGCAACGCAGAUAUAGACACUCAAUUGUCAAUGACAUUGUGGUAUGCCAGAUGCACAGCCCUACCCCAGCCUUUUUACCUGCACUCCGUAACCCAGAGGACAAGCCAACACCCAGCUCAAAGGGCCAGUAUGAACCUGAUAAAAGGAAACACUGGACGGAGUUUGUGGUUGUGGACAAUGCCCAUGACGCUAUCUGCAUACUCAACAACUCUGCUGCCUUUAAUCGCAUGAAGAUUGACUAUAAGUUUGACCUUGUCCCCAACAGCAGCAUUUGGCUGUGUAGUGUCUACCUGCAAGAUGAGCUGGUGGCACAGGCCAGGGGCACCAAGAAGAGCUCAAAGCAUGCAGCAGCUGAAGAGGCAGUGAGGAAACUCCGCAUGAACCAGGCACAACGGCAGCAACAGCAGCAGCAGCAACAGCAGCAACAGCAGCAGCAACAAUCACAGUAUGCCAGAGGAAAUCCCCAGUCAGAUUCCUCUAGUGGGAGGUUCGGACAACAGGGUGGCAGGAAGAAGCAUCUGAGUGAGUUGGUCAUCCUGGAAAACUCUGACAAUGCUAUCUGCAUCAUUAACGACACCGCUCAGUUUAACAAAGUGGCUGCUGAUUACAAGUUUACAGUUUUACCUGACCAUCGCUGGAGAUGUGAGGUUUAUCUGGAGGGACAGUAUGUAGCGGCAGGGAUCGGGCCCAAGAAAAUUGUCAAACACAUUGCAGCAGAGGAGGCCCUAGCCACCUUGAGACAGACACAGGCUGUGGUGAAAUCCAACCUCAGGAAGGAGGGUCAUGCUGAUGCUAUAUCCCGCUAUCAGAUCCUGGCUCGCUCAGGCGAAGAGGCCACAAAGCAGGAGAUCAAGGAAGACAACAUCGGAAACCAGCUGCUCCGCAAGAUGGGCUGGAAGGGUGGCGGUUUGGGCCGAGAUGGGGACGGCAUCGCAGAACCCAUUAAAGUCAAGGAGCAGUUCUCCAGAGAAGGACUUGGUAUGGAUAUGGACAAGCCUGGAAAUCAGCUCAGCAAGCGCGAUAUAGAAGACAUAAUCCGCAACUAUGCCAGUUCAGACCGGCAGGAUGAUCUGCGCUUCUCCACUGACCUCAACAAUGAUGAGCGAAAGCAGAUACAUCAGAUAUCUCAGAAAUAUGGCCUGCGAAGCAAGUCAUAUGGACAGGGUAAGCAGCGCUUCCUUGUUGUCAGUCGCAAGGUACACAAAGACCAGCUAAUUGGUCAGCUGUUGCAGGAAGGGCAGGUGGGACGAUAUGAGCUGGUGAAACCUCAGGCCUCUCACUGAUUUGCAUGCAGAGCUCUAAAAAAAAAAAAAAAAAAAAAAAUACUCAUCGGCUUGGACUUCAGAACAAAUAACACAA